CAUGCGCAGAGUUGAGCGGGAGGUGCUAGCGGCCACUUUCACUAUACUACACUCGCUGCUCACUACCUGCGUAGCGUACAAGUCUCUGGAGCGGCGAGCAGGAGGCUAGUCAACACUGCCUGGGCUACACUGGUGCUGUGUGCUGCUCCCCGCACACCACCCACCACCCCAUUGCCGCUACAAGAUUUAAGCUGCACCACUUCCUCACCCACCUUAGUGCUCAGUGGUGCACUUGUGCGGACUAAAUAAGUGACAGUGUUGACUCGGUGCGCUGAAAUGCAGUGAAUGACACAGGCUUAAAUCGAGGAGUUUUGGAAAGGAUUUCGGAUAUAUUUUUGAUUUAUGGUGUAAAUUAAGUGCCUACAAGAUGCCGAAGAUUUUCUUGAUCAAGGACCGCUUGCAGCAGCAACAGGCUAAGCUUCUAGAGGCACAAAAGGCGGGGACGCCCCAAGAUGACGACCGCAACAGACAUGUACAUGUCCACAGCUCACCCUUCUCGAGCUCCUCCACCCUCGACAUGAGAAGGGAGAGAUCCCGAGUCUCUCAAAUGGACACCUCGGUACCAUCAGUUGACAUCAGGAAAGACGGUGUAUCUCAUCUAGGAAGGAGCAGUCACUUGGAUUUCUCAAGAGACAAUCGGCUGGACCUGUCGCGUGACAACCGCCUAGAGCUGUCAAGAGAGUGUCAUCUGGAUUUGUCGCGGGAUGCCCACCUUGAGCUUGAGAGGGAGAGCUCCCUGGAUUUAAGGAUGGGUGAGAGGUGUGUUGAACGGUGUGUCAGUCCCAGCAGUCGUAGCUCACGUUACUCUCCUUCACGACGACUGGACGACCACCCAGAUGACCAACCACUCUCUCUCACUAUCAGGGACAGAGAUGAUGACAGUGGGUACUGGCGCGACGAUGCUCGACCACGCAGCCCAAGCCGCCUCGACCCCUCGGAUCGAACACGCCGCAGCUUACCUCCCAUCAGCCGCUUGCUACCCCGACCAGCCCUUAUCCUUCGCUCUAGGUCUCCAGCCCUGCCACCCGCGGAUAUGUUACUGCCGCCGCAAGACACACCGCUUGACUGCCAUGUGCCCCGUCGUGCCGCAUCCCCGCGUCUGCCGCCCUUCUGCGACGUGCGACGGCACCAACGAGCGCCAUCACCGAUGGACUACGAUCAUCGACCAUCCCGCUACCAUGACGACUCCAUAUUACCUUAUGACUUGACGACCCGUCGUGCACGCUCUCCCCGCAGCGUGUCGCCGCAGUCACUGCCACCGGUUCUCGCCUCUAUGCAUCUUACGCAGGUCACCAGCGCAGAGGAUGGCGGUGGUCAGGGCAACGGCGGUGGUCCACCUCAAAGUCAACACGGCAGCGGUUCUAACGGCGGCUAUGUUGACUCUUCGCAGGCAUCUCUCUCAUUUUUCGGUUCAAUUGGUCUUGGUGGAGACAAGGGCGGACUUGGUGGCGCUGAUGGAUCUGGUGGCGGGGGUCAGAAUCCCUCAGGGGGGAUGUCCAACGUAGAAACUACAUCACUGCCACCGCCAAUCCCGGCCCCUGUGGAGCCCCAUGUGUACUCCCUUCCGGAGCAUUGCCGCAGCAUCCCACUCACUGCCAGUGACACCUCUCAGGCAUUUCCAGCACCUGCACAUUUCAGGGAAAAACACCUUCAACACAUACAGCCACAGCAACAGCACCAAAUACAGCAACAACAGACACAUCAAACACACUUUCAGACACAGCAAAUCCAGUCUCAGCAAACACAGUCCCAGUAUACAAUACCACCACUGUCACCUUCACCGCUACCUGUAUCUCCGCCCCUCAGCUGCGCUUCCUCGCCCCUCACCAGCGGCACUACAAUCCUCAGGUCCCCGCCAGAGGCACAAACCUUCGAGCCUCUCACCACUCAAACACAGGUUCCUCUGGUGUCGUCGACGGACCUACAGAGCGGGUGGUGUGAGCGGUCACCCAUGUCUCCCCAAUACAUGCAAACCAGCUACCCCAGUCGACCUUCUCCAGGAGGCAGCUCUAUCAUGGAUGCCUCAUCCCCGCCAUUGCACGAUCUACAGCGCGAGGUGCCUCUACAAGUGCGAGUGUCUAUCCUUCAGCAGAGGCUUGGCCUUCCUGAGGACACGCCCCUCGAGUUCGUCAACGGAGGCCACGGCAUAAAGAACCCGCUGGCACCGAAUCUCGACUCCCCGCGUCCAGAGGUUUCUGAGAAGCUGCAGCCACCGCCUCCAGUUAUGGAGGACGACAGCAGCAAAUUCGUGUGUCGUAUAUGUUCCAAAACGUUCAGUUUACAGCGACUCCUUAAUCGCCACAUGAAGUGUCACUCCGACGUUAAGCGAUACCUUUGCACCUUCUGUGGGAAAGGAUUUAACGAUACCUUUGACCUCAAGCGCCACACUCGUACUCAUACAGGAGUGCGACCGUAUAAGUGCAAUCUGUGCGAGAAGUCGUUCACUCAGCGGUGUUCCCUGGAGUCGCAUUGCCUCAAGGUACACGGGGUUCAACACAGCUACGCCUACAAGGAGAGGCGGUCCAAGGUGUACGUAUGCGAGGAGUGUGGCCACACAACUGGAGAACCAGAAUGCCAUUAUCUUCACCUCAAGGACAAUCAUCCCUACAGUCCCGCACUACUGAAGUUCUACGACAAGAGGCAUUUCAAAUUCAACAACUCAAAUUUCACGAACGUUCUUCUUAUGAGUCAAACGUAGAGUGAGAUUAUGUGCUCAUACUGGGCGAGGAUGUCCUAACUGGGUGUCAGUUAUACGCCAAUGUUUAAGUCUCGGCGACUCUCGUGCUGUGGUGUGGGGUGCAGCAUUGAUGCCACGUCCAAUACACAUCACCGCUAUGGCCACCUGACCUGUCGCUGGUAGCUGAGGGAUGAGUUAGACCUGGCACUGCUGUGAAUACCAGAUCAACUGGUGCCGGCUCCACACCAAGGAUAAAACACAGACCGACCUCGAUAGCUUAUGUGCGAAACGUAUUUUUAUACUUAGCUAAAUAAAAAAAAAUUAAAGGCAUUAUAUUAUAAGUAUAUAAAAUAUAUAUUUCCAUAAAAGAAAAGUCAAAGGGUUUUCUUCAUAUAUGCCAUUUGUGCAUAUAAUGAGAUCUACUAUGAAGCAGAGUGUGCUGGCGAUAUGGGCAGUUAUAUGACAUUAUUAUUAUUAUUAUUAUUAUUAUUAUUAUUUUGCGGCGCUAGAAGUGCAUAAAAUGUAUGUGGAUUCGUUGCAAUAUAGGUUUUAAGAUAUUGCUGAACCAAUGACUUACGUCUCGCACUUACUUAAUGUUAUGAUAUAAAUUAUGUAAGUGAUGUGCUUCUUCCUUUCUCUUUCUUAUAGUUUAUAUUCCAUGGAAGUUUGUUGUCUAUUAUUUACUUAUAAAAUUAUUUAGAAAUGCUAUUGUGUUCAAGAAUGUUGUGAUGAUCUCCAAAUGUAACCUGUGGGCAUUAUAUGUGAAUGGUGCUCCAUUAGUAAGUGAUACACACACACUCACACACACACACACAUACACACAGGGGCCAGGAGCUGUGUCUCUACCCCUACAACCAUAAUUAGGUGAGUACACACACACACACACAACACACAGAUAUACAUAUAUAUAUAUACAUCCAUCACACAAGCAUACAUAUUUAUGUUCAUACAUGCAUACAUACAUCAUACAUACAGUAACUACCAACCAAUGAUAUUUACCUCAGAGCUGAGACCUGCCGCCUACAACAGAAACCCAGGAUCUGGCGAAAAGACCUGGAUAAUCAGAAACUUAUUCAAAGUCCUUAGCCUGAAAUCUCGGCUCUGGAACACGAAACCAAAGAGCCGGAGGUGGUUCCUUGGUUGUAUCUGGUGGGAGGGCAGCAGCAACCUGCUGCCAUCUUCCCUUUAAAGGAUGUGAACUUGUUGAGGCGUUAUAACUGGUAGUAGACGAAGACGUCGCUCUCGUGGUAUCUUCCGGUGAAGUACAAGAUGUCUGAAGUGUGUAAAUAGGAUGUACAUAGUUCGUUAUCUUAGUUUUGGUAUUUUUGUAAACUCUGCGAGCUUUCUGACCUGUGUGCUAGGGCUUUAGAUGGGCCUCGUGGAACAGUAUCAUCACGGUCUGCCACAUUCACCGGCUUACUUGACAGUCACUCCGCUAGAUGGCGUAAGCAGUGCUAAAUUAUCACUGAUAUUAGCUACAUGAUGAUGAGAGUUGCUAUAGAUUUUACAGUUAUGUAGGAAAGAUUGCAAUAAGAGAACAAAUUAUACAUAUUUUUUUUAUGUUACCUAGCAAUAAUGUAGAUAUUUUAUCAGUGUUUAAGACGAUUUGAUGCUAUUCUAGUACAGGGAUAAGUUGCAGGAAACCAAUGGUGCAUAUGAGUGCAAUUGUCGUGUCUAAGAUAAAUUUAGCGUGGUGCAGCAGACAGACGAUGCUGUCGGAUGGAGGACUUUACAUGAGAUACUGCAGCAAGUGUGGCUGGGAUUUACGAUACUGUUGCAAGUGUUGCGUUAGGGUCACUUUCAAUGGCACUUAGGAACUAUCAGUCAUAUCUCAAGGUGAGCUUUUCAUAUCUUCGCCUGUUUACGGGUUGCAGUUUAAUGUUAUUACAAAAACAAACUUAUACUUUGACCUUAUUUAUGGCCGGCAGAUGUGACCUAGUUUUUUUGCCUGUCUCUUGUUGAUUUUAAGUCACAUAUAAUAUAUUUUUAGAUAUUAUGUCCCUUUGUGUCCUUUCACGUGCAUUCUCUUUAUUUUAUGU